AUGGAAGAAACUUCACUGCCCUCUAUCAGUGUGUCUCGCCUCACGAAGAACACGUACUCGUCGAAAUCGGAAGAUAUGUCCGUCUGUUCGGAGGUUGGCAACUCCUCUGUGUAUUGGUCCGAAGAAGAGAGUAAGCUCUUAGAAGACCAAAUGACGAAGUUGCACAUCACCGACUCCAAUUUAAAGUCCCUCUUUGAAUUAUCUCUUCUCUUCCCAACGAAAACGAUUCAACAAAUCACUUCAAGAGUGAAGUGGAUUGCCAUUAAAACUACUAUGUCGUGGGAAGACUAUUGUGAAAACAUUAAAACGUCUGUGGUGACUCAACCAAUUAAGAUAUCAAACCACACGUCUCCACGAAUUAAAACGGAAAAGUGUCAACGACGGUCAUGCCACAUCUCCCCAAGUCGAAUCAAUGAAGAGAAAAAAAAGAAAAGACAGAGCGUCCCCAACGGAACGACAAAUACCAUCGUUCACAAAAGCGAAGGAGAAAAGAUGCCGUCCCGUAAUCGAAGAAGUCUGAAACAACAGAUCGACCCCGCUGACAUCCAGAAACAAGAAAAGAAAUUUGUGAUCCCCGUCUCACCAAAAGAAAAGGAGAAAAGGAAGUCAAGUCGAAUGUCUCAGAGUUAUGAAGUCACCGAAGUCAGCGACUUCUCUGUCGCUAAUAGUCAAACGGAUGUCCCUCAACAAAGUUAUACCUAUGUCCCAAAUACACUCACACAAAUUAACGCGUUUGUAACAGAAAAUAACACAAUUCUCAACUUCAUGGAAGCUUGUCUCUUCGCAGGAACUAAAAUCAACCCCGAAUAUAUUAAUACCUUCGGAGUCAAUGUACAACACUUGUUGGAAUUGACUGACUCGUUGGCUCAACCAAUGAAACUCCCUUUUUUACAAUUGGUUUUAGCCGUCCCCCCUUCUAUGGUUCGCAAUAUUCAACAGAACUAA